ACAGCAAAAGAUACUUCCUAAACUGGUUAUAUUAUAUUAGGUACUAGCAAACCACCCUUAUACCGGAUAUAGAAUUACCGCUCAGCAACAUGCUACCCGGUAACCCCAACGGCACAUCAGUAGCGGGCGCCGUAGAAGCAAGCGGGAGCGGUAGUAGUGGGAUCGGUAGCGGUAACGGUCACGCGAAGCGGACGCGAGUGCUGCUUAGCUGCGCGCCAUGCCGCAACUCUAAGCUUAAGUGCGACCGUACCACGCCGUGCGGCCAGUGCAUUCGAAAGGGUAAGCCGGAAGGCUGCCUCUACGCCCCGAAACCCGAGAAGCAGAAGCCCGCUAAGAGCAUGGCUGCACGUCUGAAGAGACUCGAGGGGAUGGUUCGCGGCAUGAUCGAUACGGAAGGUACAAUGCCGAUAAGUCGUCCGGAUAAGAGGACAGGACAGGAGCAGAGUGCAGGGGGCGUCAUCGUCCAGGGCGAGAAUGCUACGAAUUACGUCGGGGGCACACAUUUCAUGGCUAUAUUAGAGGACAUCGAGGAUCUCAAAAGCUACUUCGAAGAUCCUCUCGAUGAGGGCGACGAAGUUUAUGACCCGUAUGAGAAUACCGGCCCGGCCGAACUAUUGAUGUUUUCACGGGGCGUGCCGAGGGAUAAGUCCGAACUACUGGCUGUCCUGCCAGAGAAACCUGUUGUUGACCGUCUGAUUAAUCGGUACUUCAACUCUAAUAGUCCCGCUCAACACCUUGUCCACGUUCCUACAUUCUUAAGAGAAUACAAUGAGUUCUGUAAAGAUCCCGAAGGAGCACCCCUGAACUGGAUAGCCAUCCUCUACAUGAUUUUGGCACUUGGCGUGUUUUUCUCUUCGUUCUCCGCGCCGCAUGAGCUAUUGAACGACUCCCCUACGCCAAUCAUGGAUAGGUUCAGGCAGUAUAGGGGUGCUGCUGGGUGGGCUCUUAUCUGGGGAAAGUAUUCCCAACCGAACUUUUAUACGAUUCAGGCAUUCCUAUUAUACGUCGAAGCAGAUUACAUGACGAACCGUGACAAUCGCAUGAACUCCUACCUACUUACAUCCGUCUUAAUCCGACUUAUGCUAAAGAUGGGACUCCAUCGCGAUCCGAGUAAAUUGGCCAAUAUAUCGCCAUAUGAUGGCGAGAUGCGACGGCGCCUGUGGAACGUUGCUCUCCAAAUCGAACUACUAAUUGCAUACAAUCUAGGUUUACCUAGCAUGAUCCACAGCAUCGAGACCGACACGGAGUUGCCAUCACAUCUGACGGACGCCGAUUUUGACAAGGACACCAAGGAGCUACCCCCACCCCGCCCCGAAACGGAAUUCACAACACUUACCUACCCGAUCAACAAGGCAAAAGUAACCCGUGUGUUCGCCUUAGUCGUCCGGCAAGCGCAUGCCCUUACGGUUCCAAGCUACGCCGAGGUCAUGAAGCUCGACUCUCUCAUCGAAGAGACGUGGAACAGCAUACCUAUAAUUAUGAAGAUGAGGCCGAUGAAGGAGUGCGUUAUGGACUCGCCCGUCCACAUUAUCCAGCGGUUUGGCGUCGCAUCGAUAUACCAGAAGAGCAGAUGUAUUCUCCACCGACGGUAUCUCGCCGACCCCGUGCAAAAAGAGGAGCACGACUACUCCCGCCGGAUAUGCUUCGAGGCGGCACUAGCCCUCCUCGACCUCCAGAAUACCAUGCACGAAGCCACCCGGCCCGGCGGCAUGCUGCAGCAGACGGGGUGGUUCGUGGCGGCGCUCGUCGCCGUAAACGACUUCCUGCUCGCGGACAUGGUGCUGUCCAUCAUGAUCCAGAACGACAGCUACUGGGACCAGCCGACCAGCCCGAGCUGGAUAUGCAAGCGGUCGCCUCCCUACACCAAGGUCAGGCUCCUGCACCUGCUCCGCAGGUCCCACGCCAUCUGGCGCGACAUGGCGGGCGACGCGACCGAGUUCAGAAAGGCCGAGGAGGUCGUCCGCACCAUCAUCCAGCGCAUCGAGGCUAAGCUCCACAUCACCGACGACGACGACAACAACCACCCCGGGGUCGACAUGGCGUAUUUGUCGAUUAAUAGUGACGGCGGCAGCGGCAGCGGCGGUCCCCCGACUAUGUCCAGCGGUAGCGAACCUGCGAUCGAGAACUUUGCUGAUUUCGGCGCCGCGGCAACGUCAGCGACAGCAGGUACAACGAAUAUAAAUAUUAUAGACGCAAAUGGUAUAUCGGAUUCUCCUUGGACGAUACCGAAUGAUUAUGACUGGUGACUUUAUUUAUUCUCUUCUCUUCUCUCCUCUUCUUCCACGCCUGCCGGUCGAGUUUUCUCUUUGCUAAUGAACGGCGAACGGCAACUAUAUAGCGCUACUUCGAUCCCACGGUGCGCGACAACGCGAUGCAGAUAACGCACGACGCUUGGCUGGCGGAGAAGACGGCGGGAGACUUCCCCGGGCUGCUUGGUCCGCACGGAUGGGGUUUCCAUCCAUCGUGAUUUCGUCAGCGAGGGGUAGUAUGCUUAGGAUUAGAGCUUUUAGAGAAAACUCGAUAUAUAUAUAUAUGUGUGUAUAUACCACUACGGUGUACUAUUUAUUUUACCUACCUAGAGGUAACUAAACCACCUUUGCAACGGUGUCCUGCAAAAAUGUAGAAAUACAUCCAUCUUUUUUGCUAGUAACUUACAUUGUUAGAUGUCCCGUGGGAA